CACACAUACGUUUUUUAGCUUCCUUCUCUUUCACACAUGCAGAUUUGUAUUCCUCAUUCGAAUAAUCUGCAAAAGAUAAAUGGCCAGUAACAGGGUCCACGCUGCUUUGCCUGACCCUCCCAGUCUGAGUGAAGAGGAGAACAAAGAAGAAGAGAAGGUUUUUGGGAAUAUAUUUGCUGAGUUAGAAUCUGUGGACCUGCCCCUAGGAACCACCUUAAGAUCUAUUUACGAUGACCAGCCCAACGCCCACAAGCGCUUCAUGGAAAAGCUGGAUGCCAGGAUAAGGAACCAUGACCGUGAGAUUGAAAAGAUGUGCAAUUUCCACCACCAAGGCUUCGUAGACGCCAUCACAGAGCUGUUGAAAGUCCGCGCUGACGCUGAGAAGCUGAUGGGUCAGGUGACGGACACUAAUCGAAGGCUACAGGAGUCGGGGAGGGAGGUGACGUGUCAGACAGAAGAGGUGAUUCGCUGCCGCAUCCAGCAGAGGAACAUGGCCACCACUGUGGAGAAGCUGCAGCUCUGUAUACCAGUGCUAGAAAUGUACAGCAAACUAAAGGAGCAGCUGGAGUCCAAAAGAUACUAUGCUGCGUUGAAAACCAUGGAGCAGCUGGAAAAGGUCUUCAUCCCCAGGGUGAGUCAGUACAGGUUCUGUCAGAUCAUGGCUGAAAACCUGCCCAGACUGAGAGAAGAGAUCAAGGAGAUCUCCAUGUCGGACCUCAAGGACUUCCUGGAGAGCAUCAGAAAACACUCGGACAAGGUCGGAGAGACUGCCAUGAGACAGGCCCAGCAGCACAGGACCUUUAACAGCGCAGUAGCCAAGCAGGCCAGUACGGGCCACUACAACAAGCCUGUGUACACCCUCAACGGACACACACACACUCACAACGGCCUGAUGAUGGAUGAGGACACAGGAGACGAGGAUGAAGGAGAUGAAGAGAUUCUUACUGCUCAGGACCUAGUGGACUUCUCGCCUGUCUACAGGUGUUUACACAUUUACACAGUGCUGGGUGACCGAGAAACAUUUGAGAACUACUACAGGAAACAGAGGAAAAAACAGGCCCGGCUCGUCCUGCAGCCACAGGCUAACAUGCAUGAGACAGUGGAAGGCUACAGGAGAUACUUCAAUCAGAUUGUGGGGUUCUUCGUUGUGGAGGACCAUAUCCUUCAUGCCACGCAGGGGCUGGUGACCAGAGCUUUCACUGAUGAAGUGUGGAACAUGGCCCUGUCCAAGAUCAUCGCCGUGCUGCGCACACACUCUUCGUACUGUGAUGACCCAGACCUGGUCCUGGAGCUGAAGAACCUCAUAGUCAUCUUUGCUGACACACUACAGGGUUAUGGAUUCCCAGUGAACCGGCUGUUUGACCUGCUGUUUGAGGUCAGAGACCAGUAUAAUGAAACUCUGCUGAAGAAGUGGGCUCUGGUUUUCAGGGAGAUCUUUGAGUUGGACAACUACAGUCCCAUCCCCGUGGAGACAGAGGAGGAGUAUAUACUGGUUGUCAGCCGCUUUCCCUUCCAUGAUGCUGAGAUAGAGAAGCAGGACUUUCCAAAGAAGCUGCCAAUGUCCCAGUCCGUCCCUCAGAUCUACACGCAGGUCAAAGAGUUAAUCUACGCAAGCCUCAAGUUCUCUGAGUCUCUACACCGGAGUUCAACAGAGAUCGAUGACAUGUUGCGGAAAUCCACCAACCUGCUGCUGACGAGAACACUCAGCAGCUGUCUGCAGAACCUCAUCAAGAAACCUCACAUAGGACUGACCGAGCUGGUGCAGAUCAUCAUUAACACCACCCACCUGGAGCAGGCCUGCAAGUAUCUGGAGGAGUUUAUAACGAACAUCACCAACGUCUCCCCUGAAACAGUUCACACCACAAGACUCUACGGCUUGUCCACGUUCAAGGAUGCUCGUCAUGCUGCAGAGGGAGAGAUUUAUACCAAACUCAACCAGAAGAUCGAUGAGUUCAUCCAGCUGGCGGACUAUGAAUGGGGGAUGGCUGAGUCUGACGGGCGAGCCUCAGGAUACCUCAUGGACCUGAUCAACUUCCUGCGCUCCACCUUCCAGGUCUUCACACACCUCCCGGGUAAAGUGGCCCAGACGGCGUGUAUGUCAGCCUGCAAACAUCUGUCCACGUCCCUGAUGCAGAUGCUGCUGGACACAGAACUCAAACAGAUCAGCAUGGGGGCCAUUCAGCAAUUCAACCUGGAUGUCAUCCAGUGUGAAUUGUUCGCCAGCUCAGAGCCGGUUCCUGGUUUUCAAGGAGACACGCUGCAGCUGGCCUUCAUCGACCUGCGACAGCUCCUGGAUCUGUUCAUGGUGUGGGACUGGUCAACGUACCUGGCAGACUACGGCCAACCAACCUCCAAAUAUCUGAGAGUGAACCCAGCUACUGCCCUGGCUCUGCUGGAGAAAGUCUACAGAGGGAUGAAGGACACCAGUAAGAAGAACAACAUCUUCUCUCAGUUCAGGAAGAACGACAGAGACAAACAGAAGCUGAUAGAGACUGUGGUCAAACAGCUGAGGAGCCUGGUCAACGGCAUGUCCUCCUAAACACACACACACACACAUGAGUGACAUGCAUGCAGUCACAUGCACACACUGAACUGCCAAGACACUCACUGAGGGAGGAGAUUUUGGCACAUGUAAUGAAGUAAUACCACACAACACACACAUACAAACACACAAAAGGAACAGAUAGACCGCUUACAUACACACACUUUAUGAAGGCCCAGCAGUACACACGCUGUACAAGGCAUGCAGGGAACAGACUUUCAGCAAAUACAGCACACGCACACACACACACACACACACACACACACACACACACACACACACACACACACACACACACACACACACACACACAUACACACACACACACAUACACACACACACACACACACACACACACACCACACACACACACACACACACACACAGGCAUAUCUCUCCUAACUGUUAUACCUGACUGGAUACUCAAUGUAAAUAACACACAUACUACACAUUUCACUGAACAGUAAUAUAUGUAAAUUAUUUGUAAUGGCUAUGAUAAGACAAACUAUGUUUUGUACCUUAAUGAGAGAGAGAUGAUUGUAGCUGCAGAUGGAGGCUCAUAGAGAGAGGAAGUGACAUCACAAAGUACUGGGACAAUGAGCUGAAAGGGUCCACACUUUUCUCCACAAAUGAGAGGGGAUAAACGUUUCAGAAAGGUUUUCAGUCAACGUUCUUACACACAUCAGAAUCACAAAGUGAUUGUUAAUCUACAGAAAUCUGGAUAUCAGUAAUAUAUAUUUUAUAUAUAAAUAAUAUUCCCCUCAUCCUCUACUCUUAGUAUGGUAACCACACUUACACUUUUUAACAAUAAAUAAAUACAAUAAAAAAAAAAAAACACAUAACUGCAACCCACUCUCUUAAGUGACUUCUGAUCUGGGUCCUAAAGAAGCUGCAUGUUGAUUAAUAAUAAAGACUUUAAUUAAUAACAUUUCUGUUAUCAAACUAUUUAGUUGCGAGUUGUGGAGGCAGUCUAAAUAUACAUUAAUGGUUUAAGUCUGCCAGUCAGCCAUGAAACGGUGGAUACUUUUAACAAAUUUGUAUAUGUGGCUAUUUCUCUUGUAGCCGAAUGGAUAUUGAAAAUGUCAUCAAAACUUCCACUUCAAACCGACCUCUUGACGUGUGUGUGUGUGUGUGUGUGUGUGUGUGUGUGUGUGUGUGUGUGUGUGUGUGUGUGUGUGUGUGUGUGUGUGUGUGUGUGUGUGUGUGUGUGUGUGUGUGUGUGUGUGUGUGUGUGUGUGUGUGUGUGUGUGUGUGUGUGUGUGUGUGUGUGUGUGUGUGUGUGUGUGUGGUGUGUGUGUGUGGGUGGAGCUCAUGGAUGGGUGAAGGAAUGGAUGAUGACGUCUUGAGAGACUGAUGUUCAUGAAACAAGGGAAGUCAUGUUGAACUCCUCGGUGGCUUUGCUUGCUGUUUGUCUUUCUUUUGACGUAAUAUUGAACAUUUAAGCCAACGUCCUGAGUGACGCAGACACUGUGUUUGAACACAGCACAUGGCAGAGAGCUGCAAUGGGGGCGGAAACAUAUGGGUUUGGUCAGCAGAGGCUCCAAGGAGCUGGUAUGGAUGUUUCGUCAUAGAAUACACAAUAGGGAGGGUUUGCAUGAGGUGUUACCAACAUCUGGUUUUAACAUGCACUCAGUAUCUGGAUAUGUUUGGUGUAAAUGUAAAGCAGUAGGAAUGUGAUUGGAUCAGCCCGACAUCAUCUGAAAGUGUUGUCAGAUCUCAGCCAUGUGUCAACGGUUCUGGUAAUAAUACCAAAGAAAUCAGAUGGCUAGCAAGCUUAAGUAUUUAAGUGGCAGCUUUAAUAUAGGAGUGGAGAUGAUGGCGUCCAACAAUAAAUAACAUCCGCCGUCACAUAAUGACGUAUCCUAAAGUCAGUGCAUUGGUAUACUCGUAGCACUGCGGUUGUCUUCUCCUAAGUCCUUUUAAAUUCUCCUUUAUAUCUCUUAUGACCUCAUACCAUGUGUUUGUGGUUAGAACACCACUCUUACCUUGUGUGUCAAAACUGUUCCUCAAGAGUCUUUCACGUUGUUUUCAUUUGUUCCAUUUGUGAACACGUUUUAUGGGAUAUCAUGAUCUACUUUCCUUUUGUUGAGGAUUGUCCUGAGCUGAAGGAGAUAAUAAAGGAAACGUUGAAGCGUCUCUCAUAUCAUCUAGAGAACUCAAUCAGCUCUUAUCAUGGCUGACCCUUUGGUUCUUCUGGGUUAUUUCACUCGGGUAGCAACCUUGCUAAGGGAUAGGAACAUGUUUUGUUGCAGGUGUAAAUGCGCAGGUGAUCAGAUGUUGUCCAGAUACAGAGCACAUGUUACUACCAGGUGGAGAUGACUGUAAACUGCAAAUUCCCCAACAUGUCAACAUCCUCAGAGCGACUGCACCUCAUGGUUAAAUGUGAUGAAUGUGUCAGGUGACAGUGUGCCUCCCUCUGAGCGGUGAAGGACUAUAUUUAUGUUGUGUUGACUGCAGUUUUGUCUUACAACAAACUCAAACUUCUUGAAUCAUGCUUACAAGAAAACAAUAUUAUUGGUGAUUUUAUACAAAACAUAUUUAUAUUUAACAGUUUUAUUCUACAUUCUUUCUUUUUGAUCCUCUGGGUGAAAUGAAACUUAAGAAUCUCAAACCCACCGAUAUUCACAAAGCACAGCAAUAAUGAAUUGGACGAUGCUCACCUCAAACAUUUGUAUAAUAACACUGUUUAUGUUUUGGCUCUGUGCUCCACGUUCAGAAGGCAUUGUUGCACUCAAACUGACUGAAGUGUUUUUCUUUUUGUUUGCCUUUUUUAAAAGUUGCUUGUAAAUGCCAAUGUAAAUAUUGCAUAUUUUGUAAAGAAAAUAUUAGGGCAGUUUGUCUGUCAGAACUGGAGGUUGACUGUGAUGCUCCUCCAGCAACACCUACAGUAAAUAUGUAAUUAAUAAGAGUUUGAAUCUGUGUUUUUUGCUUACAUGGUGAACAGAGUGCCGUGUGAGGAGCUCAGUGACCUUCUCUCCACAUUUGCAUGGUUAAGAUGUGAAAAAUAAGAUGAUUUAUUAUGUUAUAUCUGUAUAACAUUUCAUAUUUAAAUACAGCUAAAGAUUUCUGCUCAUGUUCCGAUCAUUUUACAUUCAGUAGCAACACCUUGCCACCACCCAUUUAUGUUAACUCACAUUAUUUAAUUGACAUUUCCUCAUUAUCUGAAUAGGAAACUUCCAGGCAGCAUAACUUUCCAUACACAAACUGAUUUGUUGUUGCAAAUGAGUUGUAUAUAAAUGUAACAGGGCUGUAAAAAGUGGUACAAUAUGCUAUGAGAAUCAAGGAAUUUCAAUUAAAAGCCUGUUAAUAUAAUGUAUAAUGUGUCACCUAAUCUCCUGUGAGAGAAUAAUGAAAGUGUCUGUGAAUGUAAUGGAUUCAGAUCCAACACAAAACUCAAUACUGAAAACGUGCUUUGAUCUGGAGCCUUUCUGCUAUAAUGGCACACACCGAGACUUUACAUAACACUGCUUGAAUGCCAAUGAUUAUUUCAAUAGGAAUAUCAAAUGUGCGAUAGUUUUUCUUGCCUUCCACAGAAGUGGAGAGAGGGUACAUUUUGAUAUCCAAAGGAAUCCUUGCUUUACCUUUGUCCUUGUUCUCAGUGAGGAGAGACAGAGUUUUCCUUCAUGUGAUGUUUUUAUUUUGUGUGCUGUAAUAAAAGGUUAUUCAACAGGAA